AUGCAGUUUCUCGGUAUCCUACUACUUGGUGUACUCCAGGCUAGCAAUGGCCCCGUCUGCGUUGCCGCAACCCCGACUACUGAAGGCAAUGUACCGUCGCCGACGGUCGAGUUUGAAAGCCUUCCUACCGGCACGAAUAAUAGCUCUGUUCUCGUUUAUCCGCCGUACACUUUUCGAUACAAAGCAAAUACCAAUAUUUCAACCGAGUACGUUCGAUUGUUCAACGACACGACGCCCAUUCUAGACUCGAGUUUUCCAUCUGGACCUGUCAACCUAAGCUAUACCGAACGGAGUUCGGUGACUGGGUACAACUGGGAGAUCGCCCUGUCGGGGACGUCUGGUCCAUCAUAUACUGGCGCUUUCCUGUUCUUCGAGGUUUCCUGGAAUACUACUAGAUUUAGCGGAACCUCUUAUAGCGGUGUCUUCACUUAUGGCGAUGAUUUGCUCUUGAACUAUUCCCGGUUCCAGAUUGGAAGCGCAUAUAAGAGCGAAACAACGACCCCCCUCUUCAUCAAUGCAACAGCAACAGAAAGCCAGAUGGCCCUGACAGCCCAAUCGACCGCUGCCACUGCCUCCACCGCUACAAUGGCAUCUGGUUCGAGCAACACUUCAUCGUCUGUCGGCCGUGAAAACACAAGCAGCCACAAAAGUCUUAGAGGAGGUGCGAUUGCUGGUAUUGUUGUUGGAGUUGUGGUCGGACUCGCAGUUAUCCUCGGUCUCGUCUGGCUCUUUUUCAGGCGGCGUCAACGUAUCAAUCGCGGUUACAGCUCCCCGCAUCAUUCGAGGUCGAUCGGACCUGGUGUUGGAGUCAGCGUCGUUGCACACCCGGGCGAUGAUGCUACUGUCAGCGUGGGUGUCGGCGCUGAUAUCGGUAUUGAUGUUGGAGCUGCUGCUGCUGCUAGUGUCGCGGCGGAGAAGAGCCGUGUCAUCGGUGUGGUUUCGAGCGAUUCUGAAAGAAACGAUGGUGCCAACAGCCCUUAUACCGAUGAUAUCGACUCUGUUGCGGACAGCCAUAUUGGUGCACCGGCCAUUUCUAGCCAUGUUGCUGCACUUAUCGAAGACGGCAUGACGGCCGAAGAUGUAGCGAGGCUGGCUGCCGAAGAGAUAGAGCUUGAUGCUGCCAUACAAAAUGCAAGCCAGGGCAGAACGGCGGAAGCAACAGCACAUCAGUAG